AUGAAUUAUCCGGAUGAAGAUGGGUUUUCAAGUGGUGAUAUGGGUCGGUUGCGGGGGACUCCGGGUAUUACAAUAAAAGAAGCGUAUGCAGAAGGUGGCAUCAAAGCUGGGGCAGCCCGUGCGGCCCGCCUGGCAUACGGCGUGCUAUCUCGACGUAAAGCAGCCGAAGAGGGUGUAGCCAGACUCGCUCGAGUUUUGUCUGCAUUAGAUCUAACUGCCUUAGGGGUGGGUAGUACCCUGGGUGUGGGGGUGUACGUCCUCGCGGGUGACGUAGCUAAGAAUUACGCCGGACCUGCAGUGAUAUUGUCGUUUUUAUUAGCCGCCGUCGCAAGUGUAUUUGCUGGUCUUUGUUACGCGGAAUUCGGUGCAAGAGUACCUAAAGCUGGGUCAGCGUAUGUAUACAGCUAUGUGUGCGUUGGAGAGUUCAUUGCUUUCAUUAUUGGAUGGAAUCUCAUACUCGAGUAUAUAAUUGGUGCCGCGUCUGUUGUUAAAGCUUUAAGCGAAUAUUUAGACUCUCUGUUGGAUAAAGCGAUAUCCACACAGUUGCGGGAGUGGAUGCCGAUUGAUUCGCCACAUCUUGCGAAGUAUCCCGAUUUGUUCGCGUUCACAGUUAUUAUGGUGUUUUCUGUUGCCCUAGCUUUUGGUGUGAAGGAAUCAACGAAGUUUAACAACUUCUGCACGGGCGUUAAUCUGUGCGUUGUGUUGUUUGUCAUUAUAUCGGGAUCUUUUAAAGCGGAUACAAAGAACUGGCGUAUCCCGGCUUCGGAGGUGCCCAAUUCAGGGGGCAAGGACUUCGGCAGCGGCGGGUUCGCGCCCUACGGCCUCGCCGGCAUCAUCAAGGGGGCGGCCGUCUGCUUCUACGGGUUCAUCGGGUUCGACUGCGUGGCGACGGCGGGCGAGGAGGCGCGGCGGCCGCAGCGCAGCAUCCCGGCGGCGGUGGCGGCGUCGCUGCUGGUGGUGUUCCUCGCCUACUGCGGCGUGUCCGCCGUGCUCACGCUCAUGCUGCCCUACUACCUGCAGGAUGAAAAAGCGCCGUUCCCGUACGUGUACGACCGCCUGGGCUGGGCGUGGGCCAAGUACGCCGUGAGCGUGGGCGCCGUCUGCGCGCUCUGCUCCAGCCUGCUGGGCGCGGUGUUCCCGCUGCCGCGCAUCAUCUACGCGAUGUCGGCGGACGGCCUGCUGUUCCGGUUCCUGGGCCGCGUCAGCGCCAAGUACCAGACGCCGCUCGUGGGCACCGUGCUCGCCGGCUUCUUCACCGGUACAUUAGCGAUGUUCUUCGAACUAGAACAGCUGAUACACAUGAUGUCUAUCGGCACUCUCCUUGCGUACUCCAUGGUAGCGUCUUGUGUACUGUUGCUCAGAUACGAGAAGAGCCAGCCGCCCCGCGCCGCGGUGGAGCCGCUGCAGCUGUCGUGGCGCCGCGUGAUGCGCCAGCUGUUCAACUCGGACCGCGAACCCGCACCCACCCGCCUCAGCGCCGCGCUCGUCUCCGUGCUCGUCACUCUCUACGGCGUGUGGUGCCUGCUGCUGAUGGGCAGCGUGACGGGGCACGUGCCGCGCGGCGUGCGGGCGCCGGCCGCGGCGCUGGCGCUGCUGUCGCUGGGCGCGGUGGCGCGGCAGCCCGUCUCCGACAAGAAGCUGGCCUUCUCGGUGCCGCUGGUGCCGUGGCUGCCGGGCCUCAGCAUCCUCAUCAACGUGUACCUGAUGCUGAACCUCGACGCCAUGACGUGGCUGCGCUUCGCCGUCUGGAUCGCCGCUGAUCCAACCCGCGACUCGAACCCAGGACCUCUGGAUGUGCAGCCGUACGUGCUAGCCACUACACCACAGAUUAAUGACUAUUUAGUUCAAAUA